GACCUUGGAUUAAUUUCGAGAUAACAAGUUCUGUACGUAACGUGCAGGAAUUCCAAUCCAGUUUCAAGAAUUGCUGCUCCUGGUGUGCCGCCGCUCAGUUUCUCUUUGUGUUAGUGCGGGACCCACAUAGGGGUGCUGGUAGGCAAGGGCGGUUGGGCCAUAGUGGUUGUGUACUGUGGUGUGGAUGUUUUUUUUAAUAUAUCAAAUAAUUUGCAUGUUGCAUUAUAACUGCCCAGGCCCUCUCGUGCACUCCUCGGAUCUUACUGCUGCUGCUCCUGCUGCCGCCGCCGCUAGUGGCAGUGCUGGUGGUGUGCGUGCAGCGGGGAAUAGCCGAGGGGCAUCUCCAUUCGUCACGCGUGCAGCAGCCACAAUGCAGAAAAGCACCACGUGCAGGCAGCAGUACGGUGGCCUGGGUGCUGAUGCUGUUGCCGCCGCUGCUGAAAGACAUCACCUCCUUUAGCUACAUGCGUAGCAACAACAGCACCACCACCAACAGCGUGAGCACCACCAACCACGUGAGCAGCACCAACAGCGGGAGCAGCACCAACCACGAGAGCAGCACCAACCACGUGAGCAUCACCAACUGUGUGAGCAGCACCAACCGCGUGAGCAGCACCAACCGUGUGAGCAGCACCAAACGCGUGAGCAGCACCAACCGCGUGAGCAGCACCAACUGCGUGAGCAGCACCAACCGCGUGAGCAGCACCAACCAUGUGAGCAGUGACGACAGCAGCAGCAGCGAUUAUGGCACGAUGGGAUUCAGCCACGCUGCAGCUGUCUUCCACACGACGGCCACCUCAGACAAGCCCCCUGGCUCCCUCUGACCUGCAUGCCUGCUUGCUCUUGUCGGUGCUCCCAGUUCAACCCGCAUCUCCCCUCUUCCUUGGCACUGCUGCCUUCCUGCCACCACCUUGACCGCCCGCAAGGCCACCAUCUCUAUUGCAGCAAACUUGAUCUGAGCAAGCAGAAGCGAUGGUGGCUCAUAAUCAGGGCAGUGCAGAGCAAGCCACACAAUGAGGGCAAGGCAGGGCCUCAGAUUCGUUUUGGGGCACACUGAUCGUUCAGGGUCCUCCCUGUCAAACAUAUUUGUAUCAGGGUUUCAGCUAGGAUUUAGGGCUGUCUGAAAAUCAGACGGGGUUCCAAAGUUUCGUCUGACCAUCCGACGAAAAAUUUCAAGGAGUCUGAGAUUUCAUACGAUUUUGUAACGCAAGUCUGAACAUUCAGACGAAAUUUUUGCUGCAAGAAACCUCGCCACUUGCA